AAUAUGCGCUUGCAAGAGGAAGACCUCGUGGAUAGUAAUGUCUUGAGCUUUGGUUUUGUUUUAACCGAGAAAUACGACCAGCAUGGAAAAUUUACUGAAAUUGUUGACGUUACUUACAAUUCCAGAAUGCAAAAAUUCGUUAUACUCGACACACGAGGUGCUACAGUUUGGUUACAUAACAUUAAACCUCCAAAUUGUAAGCGUGAGCUCACUUACCCAAAAUACCAAAACAAACUGCUUAAGCGAAUGAUAUAUUGUGAGAAGUACAAUAUAUACUUUGCAAUAUGUCAAGAUUUUACUCUUCAAGUAUUCAACAAGGAUUUCAACCCAACUUGCAAGGCAGAAAAUCCCAAUAUGAGAUCAAUUUCUCAUAUUUUAUUUAAUCCAAAAUUGGAUGAACUUAUAACAACUGGAAUGGCUGGCACUACUAUAUGGAAAUACCAGCAAGUAGAAAGUGCAACGUUUGAUCAAAUAAAACCAAUGGCCAAUUACAGGUUAGUUGCCUUUUGGCCUGG